AUGAAAUUAAAUAGCUUAGUGUUCCCGGCUCCAAAAUCCACAUAUGAUAUUUCGACUUUUAAAGGCGAACUUGUUUGAAUUCCUCAAUUGAAAUCCAAAGCCUUGUCUCCAAUCCCUUGUUUAUACUGCCAACCGCCUUCAAGCAGCUCACAAAUUCUGAUUUAUUUUCAUGGCAAUUUAGAAGAUCUAGGAGCUUGCUACUUAUUAGCAGAUUUUAUUAGUAAAAAGCUAAAAAUCAACGUAUUAGCUGUUGAAUACCCAGGAUACGGUAUUUAUCCUGGAAAAAGCAGUUCAAAAAGAAUCAAAAAUGAUGCAAAAAAUAUCUAUGAGUACUUACAAGAAAAUAUAUCACCAUUUAUAACGAAUUUAAACUUCUUGAAUAGACUUUCUAUGCUAUUUUCUUAUAAGAAAAAUAGAGCUUUUAAUUAGUAUUAAAAAGAAUAAAAAUAAAAGAGUCUGAUAUAAUAAUUCUAGGAAGGUCUAUUGGCUCAGGCCCAGCUACUUUUAUAGCCGCAAAAAAAAAUCCAGGCGCCUUAGUUUUAAUGUCAGCUUACACGUCAAUUAAAGAUGUAGCUAAAAAAAUCACUUGCUGCGCCGCAUUUCUUAAAAACAGAUUUAAAAACACCCACGUGAUGAACAAGGUAGUAUGCCCAACACUUUUGAUUCAUGGGAAAAAAGAUACACUAAUCCCAUGAAAAUUCUCUGAAAAACUAAGAAAAUUGUGUGGAGGACCUGCCACGCUUGCUUUAAGCCCUGCUAUGACUCACAAUGAUUUUAAUUUCACAGAAAUCAUCACUCUUUUAUAUGAUUUUUUAAUGCACUAUCAAGUUAUCAAUAUUUCAGAUAUGCCAGGGAUAAAUCUAUCUGAAAUUAUCAUUCACGACACACAUGAAGACAGUCAAGAAAAAUCUUCCUAA